AUGUUUUAUCCACAUCAACAAACUUCACAUGCCGCGACUGGCGGUUCGUCAGCAUCGAAACAUCACGACAGUAAUGGAAAUGGAGAUUCAGGAAAUAGGGGAUGGGGUAGACAUCCUUCACAUCCAUCUUUUACACCUUCAGGAAUGCCAUUACCUUCUCCAGGAGGAUAUCCAUCUUUAUCAGGAUCAUACCCACCCCCGGUAGGCGGUGGAGGGGGAGGAGGUGGUGGCGGUGGUGGAGGUGUGGGAGGAGGUGGAAGUGGUGGUCAUGGUGGUCAUCAUCAACAUUCAAAUCAUGUACAUCUCCAUGGUGGUCAUCCUUCUCAUCAUCCAAGUUUCGGUGCUAGCUCAACUCCAGGUGGAUUAGGUCCAGGUUCAGGUGGUGGACAUGGUCCUUCAGGAUAUGGUUCAAUGGGUAUAUUCGGUGGAAAUGGCGUUGGCGGUCAACAGAAUAGUCCUCCAAGAGGUAAUGAGCCUUCAAUGCCAUUGACAGCAUUUUGGCAACAUCAAAUGAUGAAAGCAGAGUCAUCCCGACUUUCAUCCUCACCGCAUCAUCGAGCUAGAGCAGCAGCUAUAUCAUCAAGAGCUACGAAUAAACCCUCAGCUGUCACAAUUACCGAUCCUAACAACCGACCUUCAUCCUCUCAAUCGAUCGCCUUGAAUGGUAUACAUCGAAAGCAAACAUCACUUACAAUCCAUCGAGCAGAUUCAGAUAGAGGUAUAACACCUCCGCCUCCGCCAUCCGAUCCAUCUUCUACACCCGGAGGCGAACAUGCCGACCCAGCUACACCUGCUCAACCCCCUGCGCCAACCGAUAAAGAAGAAGAUAAACCUUCAGAACCUUGGACAGGUCUUGAUUUAGGUGGUAUCAAGCUAAGAACACUAUCAACGGCCUUGUUCUCCUUUAACCACAUCACCUCGUUAUACGUCAACCACAACGCCCUUAGCUCAAUCCCUUCAGCCAUAUCCAACCUUCGACACCUCACUCUGUUAGACGCAACAGCAAACGAGCUCUCUUCGAUCCCAUCUGAGAUUGGAGUUCUUUGCAAAUUGAAAGAUCUGUUACUUUUCGACAACCACCUCACCACUCUACCGUUUGAAUUGGGUACUCUAUAUCAACUUGAAACACUGGGCAUAGAAGGAAAUCCGUUAGACGAUAGAUUGAAGAAAAUAAUAGCAGAGGAUGGAACAAGUGGAUUGAUCCAUCACAUGAGAGAUAAUUGCCCACUUGGACCAGAACCACCAGUCAGGCAUUGGAUAGAAAUCGAACCUGAUGUCUCAUCACCUUCAUCUGGUAAACAGGAGUCGUUCACUGUGUUAACAUAUAAUAUCCUUUGUCAUUCUUUCGCUCCUGGAACAACAUACUCUUACACACCCAGCUGGGCAUUAGAAUGGGGGUAUAGGAAACAAGCUAUUUUGAAUGAAAUCGCUCAAGCUUCAGCGGACAUCGUAUGUCUCCAAGAGAUCGAUUGUGAGCAAUACGCAGAUUACUUUUUACCUGAACUCAAGAAAUAUGGAUAUGAAGGUCAACACUAUCCUAGAUCGAGAGCUAGAACAAUGUCUGCAGAUGAGCAAAAAGCUGUAGACGGUUGUGCUACGUUCUGGAAGGCCGAUCGAUUCCAAUUGGUCGAAGCUCAAGUAGUAGAAUUCAAUCAAUUGGCCAUUAGCAAGACAGACAUGCGAACUGAAGAUAUGUUCAACCGAGUCAUGUCUCGAGAUAACAUCGCUGUUGUUGCAGCACUCGAAUUCAAAGCUUCAGGAGCUAGAUUAUUAGUUGCAAAUUCACAUAUUUAUUGGGAUCAUCGAUAUAGAGAUGUGAAAUUAGUACAAAUUGGAAUGUUGAUGGAAGAACUUGAAAAGAUUGUUGAAAAUUUCUCAAGAUUGCCAGCUAAAUUAUCUGCCGAUUCAGAAUACAAUUUAGGAAGAGGACCACCAAAAUAUGAAAGGUCAGAAAAAGGUAGAGAUAUACCAUUGAUCAUGUGUGUUGAUCUAAAUUCGUUAUCUGGAUCAGCGGUAUAUGAUUAUUUGUCAACUGGUGAAAUCCCACCUGAUCAUGAAGAUUUCAUGUCUCACUUAUACGGCACCUAUACGAAUAAAGGUUUAAAACAUAGAUUAGGUCUAAGAUCUUCUUGUGCAAGUUUCGGUGAAAUGAGAAUGACAAAUUUCACUCCUACUUUCGAUGCCGCGAUUGAUUAUAUCUUUUACUCUCAUAAAUCAAUCAAAGUCACCAGCGUUCUAGGUGAUAUAGAUAGGGAAUAUUUAGAUAAAUGUGUUGGUUUCCCAAACACUCAUUUCCCAUCAGAUCAUAUUCCUGUAUUUGCUCAAUUUAGAUUGAAAGGUCAAUCGGAUUCAUCUCAACCUCAACAUCACCAAAAUGGUUUAUAUAAUCAUUAA